AUGCAUCGCGUGACGCGGCCGCAUUUGUUACCCUCAGCAGCAGCACAGGCAGUGAUGCCUACUGCGGCUGGAUCUAGUGAUGUCGACGAGACUGGCGGCGCCCGAACCGGCAUACCACAGCAGAGCUCUUCUUCACACUGUGCUGCUGCUGCUGCUGCUGUAGCUGCGUCCCUUCCUCCGGUGCUGUUGGGUGAUGACAAUAUGCCUCGAGUACCUCUCGAGCGCACCGAGGUUCUCUUCGCCCUCGGCACCGGCGACGUGCGUGCGUGGGAGGAACGUCUUUUGCGCCACGCACUUGCAGGGCUCAAGGAUCCAUCCGCAACGGUGACGCAAGCUGAAGGUGAGAGUAAGAGUGGCAGUGUGGCCAGCGCGAGGACUCACCUGACAACAGAGAUGGCGUCAUUUCCAAGCUGUAUUCGGCACAAGCAACACCAAGGGCAACGAGAAGGGGAUACGAACACCAGCAGUAGCAGCUCCAUCUGUCCUAGCGGCUGGCUGCCUGUCGCACUGUUGGGCGCACCGGUAGCGAGAGGCUCUGCGAUGAAUGUGGAUUUCUCCUUGCUCUCAGGGAAGGAGUUUUACCUCCUUAUGGAGCUCAUGAAACUCACAACGACGACCUCAGAGCCUGGGAGGUCCACUGCGCCGCCGUCCGCAUCUCCGAUGUGCUGGAACGACGAGCUUCUGCAGGUGCUGUCCUGCCUGCUCACUUUUCACGGUACUGUUCCUGCUGUCGGUCGCUUUGUCAGCUUGCUGCUUUGCAGCUGCGUAAUGGAGCUGCUGCGCCGCCAGCGCGCUGUCGUCGAUCGGGACUGUGCACCAGCGGCGACGCACGCGAGGGGAAGAGAGAUGAAUGCAGCAGAGAAGAAUGAACAGAGGGCGCACCUGGCGUUUCUACGCCGUGGAGCCUUUGCGGCGUUACUCUCACGCCUUGGGCAGUUGUACUUCCCGUUGUGGCGCGCCUUUAGGGAGGAGGGGGCAGAAAAGAGAUUGGGUUUCUCUUUAUAUACACGUUGUGUGCCGCUGCCGACUUCGUUGUGCGAUGCCCUCACAGUAUUCAGCUCGAACAGGGGCAGAGUAGGUGGCAGCACUACCACCACCACCACCACCAGUAACAGCAACAGCAGCGGUAGGAACGAGCAGGAGUCGUCGAGAGGGCGCACACUCCGUGCGAAAGUCAUGGAGCUGGUGUUCAACCAAACAAAUACACUCAAGGCUGGCGUAGGCCUGUCGGCCACCUCCAGUUCCCCAAAUAGCAGGGGCAACAACGAUGCUGCUGAGCGAACGGGUGACGCUAGCGAAAUGAUGAGUACGCAGGGGGACUUGGACGUGCCGCUUCGGUGGGAGCACGUGCAGGAAAUCGCUGUGUGCAUUGCGCUCGCGGAGUUGGGACGGCUUGCCCUCCUGCACAACGGUUGGGAUGAAACCCAACCGUUUGACGGGUGCCACGAUCCUCAGCAGCAGAAGGGGCAGCCAGACGUAAAGAACGAAGGGAGCGGCUCGUAUGUAGAGUUUCUGCGGCGCACACGUUAUUGUGGCGGUUGUAGCACCUCUGCGAGGAUGAACACCAGCGCCAAGAUCCUCCUCACAGCAGGGGAGGAGUGGAAAGGGCUCUUCAGUGAUGAUGGGAGUGUGACAGGAACAUCGUCAGAAACAACAACACCGCAAAGACAAGAGAGCUGCGGUGACAAUGAGGGUAAUAACUACCUUUGGAUUGCAAGAGCGGUGCAGGACGUUUUAGAGGUCGUUUGCUGUGCGUCUGGAGGUGUCCUGCUUCCCCCAUCCGAGCCGGAGCAGCGGGACUGUUCCUGGCUUUACGCUCAGCAGGACUUUUGCUACAUCAAUUUGCUUUUGACAUGCUGUUGCAUCGCCGGGGUGCGACUGCCAGCGUCCAUUCUGCCGUUUACGGCGCAGCUCACGCAGCUCGCCCUCUCACAUGCUGUUGUGAAGGGAGACCCUGAAUCGGAAGAGGUGGCCUUCUCGUGUGUCGGCGGAAGCAGCGCUGUUUCCAGUGGACACACAACAGAGAAGACUGGCGGUGGUCAUGUGAAGGUUGAGGGGGCGAGCGAUGAUGGGAAUGAGGCGCGCACCGUUGCGACUGGAACGCUUUGUAUGACCGCGUGCAAGUUUCUACGGCUUGGUUACCAGCGUGGAUGCGUGGUGUCGAACAAUGAGCACAUUCGCUGGCUUGCAGCGGUUCUCCAGAAGCAGAUUCAGCUGUGGGAGAGGUGCCUCCGCCACAUUACACUAUUUAUGACGCUUACUCGAGCAGAAUCGGCGACGCGGUGCGGGGGCUCAGAGCGCUUGACGUUGAAGGAGGCUGCAGUGCACUCUGAAUGGCAGCAGCAACUGCAAAAGCGUUUGUGGCGCGCACUCUGCUGGCAUACGAGGACACUUCUUGAGUGCCUUUUCGUCUUUCGCGACCUGUUUCGUUUUGCGGCGACAUGGAGCGUGGUCAACGAUACGGCGCCAUUCCGUGCUGUGCUACAGGAGCUCGGUGAGGUGCUUCAGAUGGUGUGCUGGAUCGAUGCGAACGGACGGGACGACAUCGCGCCCGUUGCUGCUGCUUCUUCCGCAUUGCUGCUGACCCCAUUCCCUGUGAUGGUCGAUGUGGGACGACGCUUCUACUUGGGGGCGAUGCUCGUGUUUGUGGUGAGUGCCACCACUGACACGCUCUUGUGGUAUCAGAACUGGCUGGAUGAGCGCGAGGCAUUUUUUAGCGACGGUGAUGAGGCCGAUGAUGGUAAUAUUCGCUUCACGGAGAACCGCAACACCAUGGGAGGUGCUGGUGAUCCGAGUGCGUCUUUGGCGGACAUGGAGUGCUGUCCAUCAGGUACUGCUGCUGUAGAUGCUUUCACCUCGGUGCAGGGAUGGCUGUACGACGUGUUCCUGCUCGUCCUCCUCCCGUCCUGCGGGCGCGUGCUGCAAUCCAUCGCCCUCUGCGCUCCUCUGGAAGCCAUGCUGCCGGCUGUGCUUAGCGUUCACAACUUUGUGAAGUCCAAUUCCCUUCUCCAUUUGGCGAUGGCGGGCAGGGAAGGGGAGGCUUGCCAAUCCAACACCAACAGCAACAGCAGCGGGACCAGCAGAAUGGACGGGACAGCACACCCGUUGAUGCCAUCCUGUGCAUUAACAGCCUUCUCCGAGACAUUGACCGUCGCGAUGGAGGUCAUGGCAGUCGCAACAGACGUGCAGCGGGUGGUGCUGCACCGCGUAUCGCUUGUCACCCCUGCAGAGAAUGACGUCGGGGACAAUGAGACACACCGGUGGAUUCUGCACCGCGGCGAGGCGGCGCUGCGUGUCAUGGAGCACCUCGUCCUUUGGGCACCGUGGGCCGCGUGGGCGCCAACACCGCCGCGGCACCCGAACACAGUGACAUUACCAAAGAGUGGCUGCUGCUGCAGCACCAGCACAGGAAAGACACAUCGGGAGUGUAAUCCCUCCUCAUCUUCAGAGGCCAGCAGCGGCAGCGCUGAUGCAUCGAUGCUGCAUGCACAUGCUGUGAUAGGAGUCACACAUCGUGAUCAUGCGCCAGCUCCUGCGCCACCGCCGUUGUUUCAAGUUGCUUACGUGGCAAAUGUGGCAUAUGGGCUGCUGCGAACGUGGAAGAGGCAUUCCAGUAGUGUACGCCGCAGUGGUGCAUUGCUGGAGCGGGUGCAAGAAGUUCUGUUUGGUGUGGUAUCGAGUUUGUUCCGCGCUGCCGACGCUGCAGUGUAUCAGCGAUCCUUACUCUGCGAGCAGCUGCGACGCCAGCAGCAGAAACAGCAGCAACCGCAACGCGAAGGGUCUGUUUCAGCGGACACGUUGUUGCCAACAUCGUCGGGGUCCUUGUUCCAGUUCCCACCAUUCCUCAGUGACUUGCUGGCGUCAUCCUGGCCGUUUUCGAGUGGUGAGAGCGACGCGGAGCGUGCAGAGAAGGCGCGUCUGGCGGUGGUUGAGCCGUACGUGUAUUAUCACUGCCGCCACAUCUGUGACAGUGUGACGUACAUGGCGUGCGUGCUUGGCUUAUUGCAGCAGGAGCUGCUGCGCCACCGCGAGCGAGAUGCUGUUGCUGCUCCUGCUGCUGCUGCUGCUGAUGGUGCAGCAUCGCGUUGCGGAGCGGCACUGCAGCUCCUUGGACACCAAGCGUUGGAGUCGCUGCUUCCCGAUGCCGCGGUGCCUGCCACCUUCCAUCUCGCUCCUCUGCCUGUUCUGCCCCCUAAUCACACCAUUGAUGGCCCUGCUUCUGUAUUUGCGCUACUGCGGAAGGAAAGCAGGGAGAUGGCGGGGUCGGGGGCUGCUGAAUCCAUGCCGUUUCUCCAGCGCCUGCUGUUCACUCUCACAGCUUCACAACAACAGCAGGACCGAUAUGUUCAACCAGUGAGGGAGUGGGUGGGCCCACCACCGUUGGAGUUGGUGGUGCAACAAGCCAGUGCGCUUGUUCGAGUGAUGUCAGCUAUUGCCGCUCUCACGCAAGCAGCGUCUCAUGGAGCGAAACGUGAUGCCUUGCGUGGCAUCUGCACGCCUGCAGCUGCGGUGGCGCAAGACGACGCGCCUAGCGCUUCUGUUUCUGCUGUUGCUGCUGCUGCGACUGACAAUAUUACUAUUACUGGCGCCAGUGCUUCUGUCGCCUGCGCGCCUUAUUUCCUGCUGCAUCCUGCCACGCUGUCCUUUUCACAUUGGCGCAAGCUGAACUUCGCCCUGCGUGUUAUGCAAUACGCGGAGGCCAACAGGAGCGACUUCGCGCCGUUGGUUUGCGCGCUGUGUGGAGCGCAUGGCUCGCAACGUGCGUUCGUCAGCGGUGAGCUGGAACGGGAUGAAUACAACGUGAACCCUACGUGUUUUGCGUGCUGUACGAGCAUUGAGUGCUGGCGCUGUCUUGAAACGUACGUGGAGGCGGCGCUGCCGGACGUUAACUCCACCCGGCUGGACGUCCUUAUCUGUCGACAGACAUCAGCGGCGGAGCGCCGUGCUUUGUUUGUCGUGCUGCUCGUCAUUCGCCGCGCGUGCCGUUCAUGGUGCGCCUUGCAGCGGACGCGCGUGCAAGCUGCGCUCACUUCGCCUGAAGCGGACGAGGAGCAGCAGCAGCAGCAGCAGCAGUACACACACCUGUUGCGGUGGUCACUGCGUGGAUUGGAGCGAAGCGUCUUGCGCACCAUCGCUGCCUUUGCGUUUGGCGUGCGGCCGCUGAGAAGCGCCGCGGAGUUGAUGCUGCAGUGA